UGUGGCAUUGUCUUGGGAGCUCUGCUGCUGAUUUUCUGUUCUUGGAUGACUCAUCAAUCCUGCAUGUUCCUGGUGAAAUCGGCCAAUCUCAGCAAGCGCAGGACCUACCCCGGCCUCGCAUUUCACGCCUAUGGAAAAGCAGGAAAAAUGUUGGUGGAAACAAGCAUGAUUGGGCUGAUGCUGGGAACUUGCAUUGCUUUCUACGUUGUCAUCGGUGAUUUGGGGUCCAACUUCUUUGCCCGGCUGCUUGGAUUUCAGGUGUCGGGCAGUUUCCGGAUAGUCCUGCUGUUUGCCGUCUCCCUGUGCAUCGUACUUCCAUUGAGCCUCCAGAGGAACAUGAUGGCCUCCAUACAGUCUUUCAGCGCCAUGGCUCUGAUCUUUUACACCGUGUUCAUGUUCGUGAUUGUGCUGUCGUCCUUCAAGCAUGGCCUCUUCAGCGGGCAGUGGCUGCAGCGAGUUAGUUACACUCGUUGGGAGGGCAUUUUUCGCUGCAUCCCCAUCUUUGGCAUGUCUUUUGCCUGUCAGUCUCAGGUCUUGCCUACCUAUGAUAGCUUGGAUGAGCCGUCUGUUAAAAUCAUGAGCUCCAUAUUUGCUUCUUCCCUAAACGUGGUCACCACCUUUUACAUUACGGUGGGCUUCUUUGGCUACGUGAGUUACACUGAAGCCAUUGCUGGGAACGUCCUAAUGAACUUCCCUUCCAACCUUGUGACGGAGAUGAUUCGAGUGGGAUUCAUGAUGUCGGUAGCUGUGGGGUUUCCAAUGAUGAUUCUCCCGUGCAGACAGGCGCUGAACACCCUUCUCUUUGAGCAGCAGCAAAAAGACGGCACCUUCGCUGCUGGGGGUUACAUGCCCCCGCUUCGGUUCAAAGCCCUGACCCUGGCUGUUGUGUUUGGAACCAUGGUAGGAGGCAUCAUGAUCCCCAACGUGGAAACGGUCCUGGGCCUGACAGGUGCGACGAUGGGAAGCCUCAUUUGUUUUAUCUGCCCAGCUCUUAUUUACAAGAAGAUCCACAAGAAUGCACUUUGUUCACAGAUUAUACUGUGGAUUGGCCUGGGAAUACUGGUUAUUAGUACGUAUACCACCUUGUCUGCAACGGAGGACGCCCCGGUGAAGACAGAAGCGAUGGGCUUGGAGCACCUGGACAGAGAGGAGAACAGAAUUGACCAGGAUUCGGUCAAAAUCCCAG